UCAGUGGCAUAAAAUGGUGUUUAAAAUGACAAUAAUGUGGUUUAUCGCAAUUAGUUCUGGUGCAAUAUAUCGCACGACAAAAAGUUGUUAUCGUGAAAGGCCUAGUGCUCGCCACACAACACACUCAAACAAGCUUUGCACGGCAGAAAUGAUCAUAUCCAGGGUGUUUUCACUAAUCCGGGUCAGAUUUCAUGUUUUAGUUUCACUUCCUAGUUAACAUGGAAGGUGCGGAACCAACUACAUUCGGUCAGUCAGUUUAACCUUCGCAGAUUCCGACGCUUUCGUUUUCUGUUUUCUUUUGCGCGAGCAUGUUGAAAUGGCUAAACUUUACUAAAAUAUAAUAUAUCGUAAUUGCAAAACUCAGUGUCGCUUGAUUGACGCCGAUUUCUCGCCUCAGACGCACGUCUGUGAAGAGCCUGGGCUGGAUGCAUCAUUACUAGAGCUGACCAGGUUCAGUGUCCUGCUGUGAAAUGGGCUCUUACAGGAGUGAGGACUCUCACCUGAAGCUGCUGACUUCACACCGAGAGCUGCUGGUGGAGCAGGUGAAGAACACGCAGUGUGUGCUGGACAAUCUCCAGAUGAACGGCUUCAUCUGCACUGAAGACAUCGAGAUCAUACAGCGCAGCAGCACCAAAACUGACCAGGUUCGCAAAAUCCUGGAGCUGGUUCAGAGUAAAGGAGAGGAGUGCUCAGCGUAUUUUGUACACGUUCUUCAUGAAGCAUACGACGCUUACAUUGAUCUGCGGCCUUGGUUUGAAGAAAUUCGGUACACACCAUUAGACACUAUUAGUGUCAUACCAGUGGUUAACACAGACCCCAUUAGCAAGUACUGUGAGAAGCUCAGAUAUGAGCUGGGAAGAGACACUCAGUUCAUCACGUCGUACUCGAAGAGCGAGGAGACGCCGCUGGAGGAUCUUUACACGGACACUCAGAUGGCAUCAUUGAAACAGAAGCGCAAGAUGCUCAAGUCUCAUCUGUCUAACAGCGUGAGAACGCAUCUUAAAGGCCUUCCUCGAUAUCCAUCCACAGACAUUGAGGGCGACAAGGUGCAUGCAAUGCCAAAUUUCUUGUGGAUGCUGCGGUGCAUAUUUGAGACGAACAGCGAGGACGUUGCAAAGAUGACGGCCAACGGUAUAUCGGCGGAUUACAUAAAAAUCGCCUUCUGUAACAUUUACUCUGCCGACUGCAGCGCGUUGAACUUUGUCCUCCACCACCGUAGGAAGCACCUGGGGGUCGACAUGGACAAUAACAACAUCAACGAUUACGGCGUGAAGCAACUGAGACCCUCUUUCAGCAAAAUGACAGUAGUAAGAUUUUGCGUGAAUCAGCUCACUGACAGCAGUAUCGAGGUUCUGGCAGAGGAACUCAUCAGACACAAAGUCAUUAAGGUCUUGGGUCUUUACAAAAACUACAUCACAGAUGUUGGAGCCAAACUAGUAGCAAAGAUAAUUGAAGAAUGUCCACACUUGAGGGUCGUCAAGCUCGGCUGCAACAACAUCACAGGUGUGGGUGGGAAAUACCUUGCCAGUGCAAUUCACAAGAGCAAAUCUAUCUUUGAUGUAGGAAUGUGGGGAAACACCAUCGGUGACGAGGGCGCAGAUGCGUUUGCAGAGGCUCUGAAGAAUCACCCAAACCUGACCAACCUCAGUCUCUCUGCCAAUGGCAUUACGUCUCACGGUGGAAGAAGUCUGGCAAAAGCACUGAAGGAAAACAAAAGCCUUCACAUCUUCUGGUUGAUACAGAACAAAAUCUCUGAUGAUGCAGCGUCGGACUUUGCUGAUGCCUUCAGAUCCAACUCUGCUCUGACGCAUCUGAUGCUAAUAGAAAAUGAGUUCACCAUUCAUGGAGCCAAAGAGAUGUCUGAAGGCCUGACUAACAACACUACACUGAAGGAAGUCAACAUUAAAGGAAGCCGGGUUUCUGAAGAAGAAGAACAACUCUAUGAGGGUGACAAGCGGCUUCGCUUCCACUGAGAAGAAACAUUAAAACACGUGAUUUGAGAAAAAAAAAAUCUGUGAGAAAAGGAAGUUGGUGUCAUUCCACAGACACUGGUUUACUUCAGUAUCAGAAGCACCACUGGCUGUGAAGGCAAAACCCAUUCAAGGCUUUCAGGUUUAUUACUGUCGCUCUGACGCAGGUUUUAUACAAUCAUACUCAGAUGAAACUCUUAGGGAAUACUUUAGGCUUUUUAAUAGGGAUGCACCGAUACAAUACCGAUAUCGGGCCGAUACUGCACUCCUGUACUAAUUAAAAUGCUCCAAUACCAAAAGCACACGGCGUGUGAAGAGUGCUGUAUCCAGACAAAGAACCACCGACAACCGAACAAACAGAGCAGAAUGGAGUUAUUAGAGAUUAAGGAUAUCUAUGCAUGUAUGUAAUCAGUAUAAUGUUAAACAUUCACGCCUGUAUAGCUGAUGUGCGCGAGAUAAUAAGCGUAGUGGAUUGAGUGCGCAGCGGCACAGAUGCGCAAGCUUGUCGAGUGAAUAUCACAGACAGCACUGGAAAGUUUAUAGAUCGGCCGGGAAUGUCAAAAGCAAGUAAGUAAACCAAUGCACAAGUUAUUAAAAGCUACUUGACGGACGGCAAGGAGAGAGAAAGCGAGCGAGAGAGAGCGCGCGCGCGCUGUUGCAUGAUCUUGAUUGCUGUUCGUUCCAUUAGCACAUGCAUCAUUUGGACUAAAAACAAACAAAUUAUAGGGGCAUUCACUAUAAACAACAUUUUACACGGCAAACGUAUACAACUUCAUUUAAAGCUUAAGUGAAACUCGCAGCCUGUGUGAAUGCGCUGGGCUUUAUGUGUCUCUCAUUCUGCACCAACACAAAUGUUUGGCUUGCUUGACGUCGCUUUGGAAUAUACAAGUCGCAGCACAUUUCAGAUAAUAAAAAACGCAACUUAUAUUUUAGAAAAUAUAAUUUGGUUUCUCUACCCAGUGUAUUUAAAUAUAAAUGCAAU